CACAUUCCAAUGCGUACACUUGUUAUCAACAACAGUAUAUCGACAACAUGGUAGUGACUGGACGCCCUAUAGUUUUUAUUGCAUUAUUUCCAUCGGUUUUUGGACUACUUUUGUAUCCCACGAAUGAACAUGUAACAACGCAUCCAACUCAUGCUCCAGUAUUUCCUGCCCCCAUGGACUGUCAGGAUUACCUGUGGGAGGGAUAUAGACAAAACGGACUGUACACCAUCUAUCCCCAGAAAGGCGGACGACUGAACGUCUAUUGUGACCAGCAAACUGAUGGAGGAGGAUGGACGGUUAUACAAAGACGUCAAGAUGGCUCGGUUGACUUUUUCAGAAACUGGGUUGAUUAUAAAUAUGGUUUUGGAAACCUUUCUAACGAGUUCUGGCUUGGUAAUCAUCGCAUAUAUGAAAUCGUCAGUCAAGGAUUCUACGAACUACGAAUUGACAUGUCGGAUUUUGCCGGGGAAAGUCGCUAUGCAGUUUACCGGCGAUUUUCCAUCGGGGACGAAAAUAAAGGCUUCCAGCUUUUAAUUGAGGACUACAUUGGGACAUCAGGGGAUUCUAUGUCGGGACAUAAUGGAGCCCAGUUCUACACCAAAGACCACGAUUAAAACUCUUGUGCUGCUCAAUACAAGGGCGGCUGGUGGUACAAAAACUGCCAUUGGGCCAAUCUGAACGGCAUUUACCUAAAUGGUAGUCACUCGUCUUUUGCCGACGGUAUCGAGUGGAAAGCUUGGCAUGGUUACAAUUACUCGCUGAAGUUUACAGAAAUGAAGAUUAGGCGACUAUAACAGUUUUUGGUUUAUCACUGUGAAUUAAAAAUUACCUGUGUCAAUAAAAAUAAAUA